GCAAUUGUGGCAAUACAAAAUAAAGGUUCACAUGAGUGAGGUGAUUUUCCACUCCAUCUGAAUACAGGAUUGAACUACUUGGUCAAUGCUUGCUCUUUCUCCAUUUGUCUGUUUUGGAGUCAAUAAAAGUUGGAGUCUCCUCUAGGUUCUAACCUUAACAGGGAGCUUUUUCAUAUGCUGAAUUGGAAUGGAAACCAUCUUAACAUAUUUGGAAAUAUCAUAAGGUUUCCAUUUAGAAAAUAAGUUUCUUUCAAGUCAAAGCAGUCCUGUGGCUUACUUGUCGUGGAAAUUGCUCCCUUAUCCCCCUCUGAAAAUGAGGGAAUGGUAACAAUUUAUCUUUGUCAAUGUUGUGCUUGACUCCACAUUAACUGGAGGUGCACCUUUCAACUGAGUGAGAAGGAGAUCACUUCCUAUCAGAGUAUUGGAAAAGGAAGCCUGUGCUUGACAAGUGGUACUACAAGCAAAGAGGUUUCAGAUAGAACAACUCUUAGCAACGCCUAAAUAGGUCGUACCCUUUGUUUCAUGUGUGCAUCUGGGUUCUAAACCUGGUUGACACCAUGAUACUCAAUCCAUUGUAAGGCUAUUGGAGGAUUAUUUCUAUUUUUGACUGGCAGUUUUUUUUUUCUCAUAAUUGGCUUUUAGCUUCUUCUCACAUACAAGCCAGAGACUCUACAUGAUUAUUUUAGUUGGAUAGACUGUUUACUGUUGUUGAUAUGUAGGAGUGAGUGUGGAAGUUGUUACUCAUCACCAUCAUCUUUGUGGUGCCUUUCAUUUAUAAUUUGAUUGUUAUUUGGGCGCAACAGCAUUCUAUAAGAAGCAGCCUUUUUCUGCAUGCUCUUUUACUUAUAAAUAAAUUGGUGAUUACUAUGCAAAUACAAGACUUGUGCUCAUCUCCAUUAUGUUGCACACUUUUUAUAACAGGUGUUAGUUUUCACUGAUAAUUGUUUCCUGCUUACAGUAUAUAAAUUUGAUAUGUGGUAUAAAUAUCAUUACCUAGGCUUGAUGACAUCUUUGCGAAAACUUUUGCUCACUGGUAAUCCAUUGCGAACUCUUCGAAGCUCGUUGGUUUCUGGACCUACACAUGCUUUAUUAAAGUAUCUUCAGAGUAGACUUCCAGCUGAUGAAGAGACUGGUGUUUCUCCUGCAACUAAAGAGGAAGUAGUUGCAAUGGCAGCUCGGAUGUCUCUUACUUCAAAGGAACUUUCUUUGGCGGGGCUAGGGUUGAGUGCUGUCCCAUCAGAUGUAUGGGAAUCUAGUGAAAUCAAAAAAGUAGAUCUUUCAAGGAACUUGAUUGAAGAGUUACCAGUUGAACUUUCCUCUUGUGUUUCUCUUGAGACUUUGAUUUUAUCUGGGAACAAGAUGACAGAAUGGCCAGGUGCAAUUAUAAAGCAGCUUUCUAAUAUUCUGUGUUUGAAGCUGGACAACAAUAUACUUCGACAAAUUCCGUCAGAUGGUUUCCAAGCUGCUUCCAAGCUUCAGGUUCUGGAUCUAAGUGGUAAUGCUAAUUGUUUACCGGAACAUCCAGCAUUUUCUAGCUUACCGCAUUUAAAGGAGCUUUACUUGAGACGGAUGCAGAUAUCUGAUGUACCAUCAGAUAUAUUGAUUUUACAGGACUUAAGGAGUCUUGAUUUGAGUCAAAAUUCCCUUCGAUUGAUUCCAGAGGGUUUCAAAAAUCUUACUACUCUUAUGGAGCUUAACCUUUCAGACAAUAAUAUCACUACGCUUCCUCCAGAACUGGGAUUGCUUGAACCCAGCCUACAAAUGCUAAAACUUGAUGGAAACCCACUGAGAAGCAUUCGGAGGACAAUUUUGGAUCGAGGAACUAAAGCUGUUUUGGCAUACUUGAAGGACAAAAUUGUAGAGCAGUAGUCUCUCUCUCUCUCUCUCUCUCUCUCUCUCUCUCUCUCUAGGUGGGUGUGUGUGUGGUUGCGAGCUUUGCAUUUGUGCGUGGUGUGCUGCACUAUUUUCGCUAUUGACUUCAAAUUUGUGGAACUUGAAUUAGCAGGCCAAAGUUAUAGCUUAACUGCAUAGUUUCAUAUUUAUUCAAUUAUGCUCACUGUCGAGCAAAAGAUGAUUCCCAAGUAGUUCACGCCUUUCCCACCUUGUCCCUUGUCCCUUGUCCCCGAGGCAAGGUUUGGGUCUCACCCUCCCCAUCCACUGUACAUUGUACUCUGUUGUUGGAACCAAAAACUAAAGAGUUCACGUGUCUGUAAUUUUAUAAAUUCCUUGCUUUUAUGUGAUUGAUUUCUACACUAUUGUAAUUGCACAGUUGAUCAAGAACUAUUCUAUUCCUAUAGU